AUGGCAGAGGAACUAGCUUCUAUAAUGCAGAGGUUCGCACUCUCUGAACAAGAGUUGGGAGGUACAGCUCUUGAAAUGGGAGAUGCUAACACGGGUAUUCAGGAGUGCCAGCUGGGUCUGGUAGGAAGAGUGAUGGGGGAGAAGCUAAUUAAUUUUGUGGGGGUGAAAAAUUUUGUAAGCUUGGCUUGGGGCUAUCCUCGUGGGUUGAAUGUUAUGGAGUUAGGACCUAACUUGUUUCAAUUUAUCAUUCCGAGUGCUACUGAUAGAGAGAGGAUUCUAAAUAGAGGUCCUUGGUUAGUAGAUAGCCAAAUAUUGAUCCUCAGACGGUGGUAUAAUGGGAUAGAGGAGGACAAUGGUGUUUUUAAGUUGGCUCCUUUGUGGAUACAGGUGUGGAAUCUUCCUGUACAUUGGAUCUCGAAAGAGGUUGGGUGGAAAAUUAGAUCCAUUUUUCCAGAAGUGAAAGAGGUUAUAAUACCCCAAAUAGGAGGAAAGGAAGGAAGGCACUUGAAGAUGUUGGUGAUCGUAGAUAUUUCCCGUCCACCGGUGAGAGGCUCGAUAGUAAAGCUUAGCGGAGUAGGGAAAUAG